GUCUUUCUCUCUGUCUCUGUCUUUCUCUCUGUCUCUGUCUCUCUGGGUUAGGGAUAUUCAUCAAACCCGAAGCACUCGGUUCUCUACUUCUGAACCCCCUCCUCUUCCCCCCAAAAAAGGCUUUAUUUUUCUUUUCCUUAAAACCCAAUCCAUUCCAGACCACCAGACCGGACUCCCUUUCUAGUAAAGAAAGCCCCACCUCUCUGAGCCUCUGAUUCGCUGGACACUUUUAAAGCUAAUUUAUGCAAAGAUUUUUGCUGAUCUUAUUGGCCACGCUGGCUCCAGUGCUCUCAGCAUCUGAUGCUACCUGUUUGGGGGCGUUUUUCAGUCCUCACACUCUUCCUUUCUCACCCUGGUACUGCUGAGAUGGCAGAAUAAGUAUUCUGUUUGGAGAUUUAAACUAGCCCCCUCAGAACCACAAGAAGAAACUCAAUGGAUUCUUGGAAAAGUCCUUUUCUUUUCCCUUUAUUUUUAUGGAGUCACUGCGGUGGGGUGAGGCUUCUGCUCCUGUUGCUGAUUCUGCGUUUGGGGACUUGUGUGGACAAAGCAGAUGAUGAAGAUGACGAGGAUUUAACAGUGAACAAAACUUGGGUAUUAGCACCAAAGAUACAUGAAGGUGAUGUCACACACAUCCUGAACUCUUUACUUCAAGGCUACGAUAACAAACUUCGGCCUGAUAUAGGAGUGAGACCCACAAUAAUUGAAACUGAUGUUUAUGUUAACAGUAUUGGACCUGUUGAUCCAAUCAAUAUGGAAUAUACCAUAGAUAUAAUUUUUGCCCAAACUUGGUUUGAUAGUCGCUUAAAAUUUAAUAGCACGAUGAAAGUCUUGAUGCUUAACAGCAACAUGGUUGGAAAAAUUUGGAUCCCUGAUACUUUCUUCAGAAACUCAAGAAAAUCAGAUGCUCAUUGGAUAACAACUCCCAACAGACUGCUUCGAAUAUGGAGUGAUGGAAGAGUUCUCUAUACCUUAAGGUUGACAAUUAAUGCUGAAUGCUAUCUUCAGCUACAUAACUUCCCUAUGGAUGAACAUUCCUGCCCACUGGAGUUUUCCAGCUAUGGGUAUCCUAGAAAUGAAAUAGAAUAUAAAUGGAAGAAAACCUCUGUGGAAGUAGCAGAUCCUAAAUAUUGGAGAUUGUACCAAUUUGCAUUUGUGGGAUUACGGAACUCAACAGAUAUCUCACAUACAUUAUCUGGGGAUUAUAUCAUCAUGACAAUCUUUUUUGAUCUGAGUAGACGUAUGGGAUAUUUUACCAUUCAGACAUAUAUCCCAUGCAUAUUAACAGUAGUUCUUUCCUGGGUGUCAUUCUGGAUUAACAAAGAUGCAGUACCUGCAAGGACAUCAUUAGGUAUAACCACAGUGCUGACAAUGACAACUCUGAGUACCAUUGCCAGGAAAUCCCUCCCUAAGGUUUCCUAUGUGACAGCUAUGGAUCUCUUUGUUUCCGUUUGCUUCAUUUUUGUUUUUGCGGCCUUGGUGGAAUAUGGAACCCUGCAUUAUUUCACUAGCAACAAAAAGGGGAAGAAGCCUAAAGACAGGAAAUCCAAACAGAAGUCAAGGAAAUCACCUGCAGUUGCAGUUCGCCCUGGAUCUACAUUGAUUCCAAUGAACAGCAUUUCUCAUCCGCAACAACGAGAUGAUGAUUAUGGAUAUCAGUGCUUGGAAGGCAAAGACUGUGCCAGCUUUUUCUGUUGUUUUGAAGACUGCCGGACAGGAUCUUGGAGGGAAGGAAGAAUACACAUCCGUGUUGCCAAAAUUGACUCAUAUUCUCGUAUAUUUUUCCCAACAGCUUUUGCUCUAUUUAAUCUUGUUUAUUGGAUUGGCUACCUUUACUUAUAAAUUUCCAUUGCUCCCAAAUAUUGACAGAGCAAAAUUAAACAUAGAUAUUGUUUGAUGUAACUCAAUAACAUGAAGUUUAUUUUUUUACCAAAGCAGAAAAAACAGCAUUACUUUGAACAUUCCAUUGCUAUCUUUCUGAGGUUCCUAGAGUUGUAGUAUUUAGACCAAAGCUAAUUAAGCACAUAUAAAUUAUUGUUGAUGACAGAGCCCUUACUAACAAUAUCAAAAUACUAUUUAUUUAUAUAUCACUUAAUUUUAAAAAUUAAUUUAUUUUCUAUAACCUUAUUUCAAAGAUGUAAGCACUAUAUUGUUUCUGAUGUUAUGCUGAAAUAUGUAUUCCCUAUGUUUGUCUAGAAAGUCAAAUUCUAGAAAUGGAAGAUGGUCGUAUUUUAUCCUUACCUUUUUUUCAGGAUAGAGAGAUUAUUGUUCUAAACUCAUUGAAUGAAUAUAGCAAUUUUUUUUUCAAUUCACACGAUUUUAAGGGUUUUUUUCUUAUAUCUACCCCAUUUACUGAAAAAAAAAAAGAAAUCCUUAUAACCAAUAUGCAUAGUCAAACUUAAAAAAAAAUGAAUUGGGGGGGGAACCUCAGAUGGGGAGAGAGAUAAUAAGGAUGUGAUUUCAUUUUUCCUUUGAGCAUUAUAUAUGUAGAUAUUGUUUUUAAAAGACUUUAAGAAAACAAAACAAAAUAAGAUUAUUCUUUAUCAUGGCCUUGAGGUAGACCUGGAUUCUUAAAUGUAAGUUAGCUGUGAAUAAUCUUGCAGGUCUUACUCAGUUCCAGGCUGGAAGAGUUUUUGGUAUGGGACUGUUGACUCACUCUUCUCUGAAUAUCAGCCUAAGAUUGUUUAGACAGAUUUAUCAUCACCGGAUUGGCUUCUUUAGUUAUGAUUGUAGUAUAUACACACGUGCAUGUAUAUAUACAUAUAUGUUUGUGUGUAUACAUAUAUGUGUGUAUAUGUAUAUACAUAUGUAUAUAUAAAACUCACAAAUUAGGUACUGUGUGUAUAGUGCUUUUGUAAACUGUGAAACACUGUAUGUCUGUUAUUGUUGCAAUUAGGAAAAAGUUCAUUUUGACUCACUAUAUAUUAUGUGAUAGUCAAACUCUUCAUAAGGAGAACACAAGUCAGUAAAGGAAUAAUUCUUGACCUUCUAAAGAAUGACAUGGAAUUAGAACUUUGCGUUUGUAGGACACAAAGAAUGAUAUUCUGACCUGAAUACUGUCAUAUUAUGCCUUUGGUCAUUUGGGAAUCUGGAGUAAAUCUAUUACAGGUUUUUAUUUUUAUUUAAUUUUAUUUUUUGGUACAAAUAAGUUGAAAUGGUGUGGUGUCUAAACCAUAAUCCUAUAAAAAUGAAGAUAUGGACAGAUAAAUAUUGAAAUCAGCUAACAGUGGAAAUAAAUGUAAAAAGGCAACACAUAUCUUUAUAUUACAUAAACUUGAUGUUGAAUUUUAUUCAUAACUAAGGAGUAAUAUUUCUAACUUGUAAACUGUAUCUACUUGUUCAUAUAUUGAUGUUCAAAAAGUGUCUGAUAUUCUGGGUGAUUAUUAAAAUAUCUUUUAUUUGUAUAGGUCAUUUAGCUUAUUAAAACAACCAUGAUAACAUAU